AAUGUUCACUAUCUUCAUGUUCCUUUGAUCAUGAGUUACUUUCCAGCGAACAACCGUACAAGGUGUCGAUCAUGAUCGCUGAGUGGGUCCAGUUGAUCUCCCUGUUAAUAAGUCGUGGUGCGACUCGGUGGCACGGAUUAUUGCGCAAAUGCAGUCUUGCGCAGGAACCACCACCAUUGCAAAGGCAUUGACUUCAAAGCCUCAAUCUAGAAUAAGAAUUCAUACAGGCUUACCUUAUGAACUUGUCUUAUCUAUUCUAGAGCACGCGUACUUUGUGUUCUCGAGCUCCACUAAACUCGGGGGGUGGACACCAGAUUUUGAAACCCUGUCAUCAUGCUCACUUGUAUGUGGGGUCUGGCGGAACGCUGCGCAGCGAUUACUCUUUCACGAAAUCUUGCACAUCAAUCCCAGAUUCAUAGAUGCUAUCCGCUCGGGAUGUGAACGAGCUCUUGCCCUAGCGGAGAACAUACGCAGGCUGGAGCUACGCAUUUAUCAUAUCCUUCCAGCUUCCCUAUCCGGCGGCCGUUUCGGUGUGGAUGACUUUUUAACCGUUCUUGCCGCGUGUCGCAAACUCUACGAAAUUACUCUACGGACCGACGGAUUACAUUCAUUCGACAAGGGGGCCAUGGACAAAUUACGUGCACUCUCUGACGAGAGGAGCUCUUUGUCAAGUGUCGUUGCACUCAACCUGAUGUCGUUCGGCACACAGUCACCCAUUCUAUAUCAACUGCUUUCUGUCAUGCGCGCUGUGCGCUAUCUCAGGGUAGGGACCGAAUUAGCAGCACCGUGCCCUCCAGAACCUUGCCCGGUCCAUUUGUAUGAGUUGGCCUUGUUCCGUACACCGUCCAACGCUAGGAAUGUCCAGUGGCUUUUGUCGUCGUCAGAAGGCCAUCUUCGAGUUCUCGAGUUCAGGGACACGCCAGGAAGAUGCUACGACCCCCUAUUAUCCAUACACGGUCCGAAUAUCAGGUCAUUCCGUAUCCUUCGUCAGGAAAUGCGAUCCGCAUCCAUAUUCCAACUCUGCCCGAACAUGGAGGAGCUUAUUAUAUACCAGUUCUCCGACAUCAUACCGAUUCGGAACAUACCAACCAGCGUCCGACACUUAAGCUUCAGAUACUCACCAUGGGCAGAGAACAACACGUUGAGGCCCGUCGUCGAGGCCGUAGAGCGACUUCCAAGUCUACAUCUAGUUUCUUGCAACGAGGAAACAGAGAAGCAUCCACACUUUCAGAUGCUCAAGGCCAAGUGCCGUGAGAAAAAUGUUCGACUACGUGUGGACGCACCCCCCGUAUUCAUCCGUGACGACCCUAUUCCAUUGCGAGACGAAUCUCGAUGGAAAUGUGUGGCCAAUUUCCCCUUGAUGAACUUGCAUACUAGCACCGUAGAGUCGGAUAGAUAAUGGAGUGUAAUAUUAAGGUAUAAUGUUGUGUGACAGAUCGGAUUGAUGGUAGGCUUAACGACGUUUCGCCAUCUGCAUAGUUAGGUUGUCAAUGUACAUCUGUAGAGUUUCGUUUCCUGAAGCCAGCUUGUCCAC